GCUGCUUGUAUUUGACGCAGCAGCUCUUCUCCUGCUGAAGGACAGCUGGGACCAUGAUCAGCCGCAGCCUGAAGAACGUCCUGGUGGUCUCUCUGGGCUUCCUCUUCCUCUUCACGGCCUUCGGGGGUCUGCAGAGCCUGCAGAGCAGCCUGAACAGCCAGCAGGGGAUGGGCGUGGCCUCCCUCAGCGUCAUCUACGGCAGCAUCAUCCUCUCCUCCAUGUUCCUGCCUCCCGUCAUGAUCAAGAACCUGGGCUGCAAGUGGACCGUCCUGCUCAGCAUGGCCUGCUACGUCUCCUACUCUGUGGGGAACCUCUACCCCAGCUGGUACACUCUGAUCCCCACCUCGCUCCUGCUGGGGCUGGGCGGCGCCACCCUCUGGGCGGCCAAGUGCAGCUACCUGACGCUGGCCGGGAACGCGGAGGCGGCCCGCGAGGGCCGGCCGGGCUCCGAGCUCAUCAACCAGUACUUCGGCAUCUUCUUCUUCGUCUUCCAGUCCUCCACCGUGUGGGGCAACCUGAUGUCCUCGCUCAUCUUCGGACAGGACCCGGACAGAGUGGAGGUGUCGCAGGAGCAGCUGCAGACGUGCGGAGCAGCCGACUGUGGACUGCAGCUCAACGUGAGCGGCAGCUCCAGCCAGCCGGCUCAGAGGCUGGUGUGGACGCUGGUGGGCUGCUACAUCGGAGCGGGCGUGCUGGCCAUGCUGGUGGUGGCGCUCUUCCUGGACAACAUCGACCAGGAGCAGAGCAGCCAGUUCCGGGGCAAGCGGGAGCCGCUCUCGCAGACCUUCCUCUCCACCUUCCGGCAGCUGCGUGACUGGAGGCAGCUGCUGCUCGUCCCCCUCACCGUCUACAGCGGCUUCGAGCAGAGCUUCCUGUCGGGGGAGUUCACCAAGAACUACGUGACCUGCGCCUUGGGGAUCCACUUUGUGGGCUGGGUCAUGAUGUGUUUCGGGGCCUCCAACUCGCUCUGCUCCUACCUCUUCGGCCGUCUGGCCGGCUACACCGGCAGGGCGCCGCUCUUCCUGCUGGCGGCGGCGCUGAACUUCGCCUGCAUCAUGGCGCUGCUGUUCUGGAGGCCGGAGCCCGGCGACCUGCCGCUCUUCUUCCUGUUCCCGGCGCUGUGGGGCAUGGCGGACGCCGUGUGGCAGACGCAGACCAACGCUCUGUACGGGAUCCUGUUCACCAAGGAGAAGGAGGCGGCCUUCGCCAACUACCGCAUGUGGGAGUCGCUGGGCUUCGUGGUGGCCUUCGCCUACAGCACCUUCCUGUGCCUGGAGCACAAGCUCUACAUCCUGCUCUUCUUCCUGCUGCUGAGCAGCGUCACCUACCCCAUAGUGGAGUACCAGCAGUACAGGCGGCCCCCUGCGGAGGAGCUGGCCUACACCAGCCACGGCCAAGUGGAGAGCAGCGGCCGCGAGCAGGUGGUCUGCCAGCAGUCCAAACUCUAGAAACCUCCCCACCCUUGGCACCUGUCAGCCA